UGCUGUCAUGGAAAAUAUUAAGAUGUAAUAAUAAUAAUACUCUUGUCUGAUGAGACAGGCCUCCAGCAGAGAGCCAUUGUAGGUUACUAAAGGUAGGAAGUGCUGUUUGGAGGAGAUGGUUGAGAGGCAAUGCCUAGAUGACUGAUGCAGCAGAAGGUGGGAUUUUGCGAAGGCUGAGCUCAGCCAUGACGCAAUUUCUAGUCGAGACAAGCUGCACCCUCAUUGGCUGGCUGUUUCUGUACAUUUUGCUGUGUCAUGUGAACAGAAAGCGACAUGCCGAGUGGAACUGCAGACUCAUUACCCUGAUCCAUGGGGUCCUGAUAACUUUGCUAACUGCUUACAUCGGGUUUGUUGAUGGGCCAUGGCCAUUCACGCAUGCAGGCUCAGAAAACACCCCACUUCAGAUUCUAGCCUUGCUCCUCAGUCUGGGUUACUUCAUCUUUGACAUGGCCUGGUGUGUGUACUUCCGUACAGAGGGUCCUGUCAUGCUGGCCCAUCACACACUAAGCAUCCUGGGCAUUGUGUGCACUCUGGGAAUGGGUGAAUCAGGCAUCGAGUCAUGUGCGGUGCUCUUUGGCAGUGAAAUUACCAAUCCACUCCUGCAGACCCGCUGGUUCCUCAAGCAGAUGGGUCGCUACGACAGCCUGAGCGGUGACAUCGUCGAUCUGCUCUUCAUCACACUGUUCGCUUGUGUGCGGAUUGGCGUUGGUGGUCGCAUGCUCUACUGUGAGCUGAUGUCUCCAAAACCCAAACUGGUCAUGAAGGUGGGUGGGGUGGCCAUCUACGCCCUGUCCUGCUUCUUCAUGGUGGACAUUGCAUCUUUUGCUUGUCGAAAAACCCGCUCCAAGUACAGACGAUGGCAAGAAAAGCAGAAGCUGAAUAAUGCUAAUGGAUAUACUGGGUAGUAAACAAAGAGCUAAAGGCCUUGAGCAAGGCCCUUAACUGUCUUUGCUUCAGGAGCUCUGUAUCCUGGCUGACACUGCAAUAUAACUCCAACUUCCUAUGUCUGGGAUAUACAAAGAUACAAAAUUUACUGUAUAUGUGGCAAAGUAAAGCAACAAGUUUCAAUGUGGUAUAACAGGACAUGAGUACUUUGUGAAAAUUUGUAUGUAGAUUUAAAAAUUGUAUCGUCAGUUUUUAACUAAUGGUG